UUUGAGCUUGCGGGAAUUGAUGUCCGAGGGAGCUUUUAUUUUGAAAAACCAGAAGCAACCAAACCAAACCCCCUACAGCCCAGCAUUCUGAUUAAGGAGUGGUGUGCUGCUGUGGGAGACCAGCAGAGCCCACAGGUCUCUGGAGGAGGAGGACCUGCCCCGCCGUCCCCCAACGGCCUUCUUCUACCUUGGCCCCCUCUUCCUCCUCCGCAGUCCAAACCUCUCCUCUCUCUCUCUCUCUCCCCAACUCCAGGUCUCUCUCUCUUUCUGUGCUUGUGGGAAUGUAGGGUUUUACAUGUUGACCUUAUAAUCUGUUUUGCUGAAAGAUUUGGAUCUGGGUCGCGUUGUUUCAGCCAAAUCUCUGAUCAGCAGAUGGGAUUGAGGAAAUUCUCGGCUUGGUUGGGGCUCGAGACUUCUUGUUCCAGCGUUUGUGGUCAAGUAACCCUAUAGUACGGAUUCAUCGUAUGCUUCACGACUGGUGUCGAUGUCAGCGUUCAACUACUAGCCAUGCGAAGCUUCUUUCAGUAAAUUGACCUGACGCAAGAAAAACAAAUCAAAAAAUUGACUUUAGAACAUCUUGUUCCCAUUUAUUAGAAAAGGGUUUUGGAUAAGAGAAAUUAGAAAUUGUCAGAGGCCAGAAAAUCCUUACCUGGGGUCUUGAUUGAUCGGUGUGUGCUCUCGGAUCAACUGGGUUUCGAAAAUUUGGUAUGGCUGUUGCCAAGAGCAACAGCAGCAGCAGCAAAUCAUUGAUCCACCCAUGCAAUUGUUACAGAGUUGCGAGCUUGAAUGAAACCAUUUUGGACUCGAACCAGACUUCAAAUUUAAAAGAUCGGUAUGUUCUUGGAGAGCAGUUGGGUUGGGGGCAGUUUGGAAUUAUCAGGGAAUGCUCUGAUAAAUUUACAGGAGAAGUAUUGGCAUGCAAAUCAAUUGCUAAAGAUAGAUUGGUGACCCUAGAUGAUGUGCAGAGUGUGAAGCUUGAGAUUGAAAUAAUGACUAGGUUAUCUGGGCAUCCAAACGUAGUAGAUCUCAAAGCGGUUUAUGAGGAGGAAGAUUAUGUUCAUUUGGUGAUGGAGCUGUGUGCUGGAGGGGAGCUUUUUGACCAGUUGGAGAAGCACGGGAGAUUCUAUGAGUCGGAGGCUCGGGUUCUUUUCAGGCAUUUGAUGCAAGUGGUGAUGUAUUGUCACGACAAUGGUGUUGUUCAUAGAGACUUGAAACCGGAAAACAUCCUGUUGGCUACAAAAGCCUCCUCAUCUCCAAUCAAAUUGGCUGAUUUUGGACUGGCAACAUACAUCAAACCUGGACAGAGUUUACAUGGGACUGUUGGGAGUCCAUUUUAUAUAGCUCCUGAGGUAUUGGCUGGGGGCUAUAACCAGGCUGCUGAUGUGUGGAGUGCGGGGGUUAUUCUUUAUAUUCUUCUGAGUGGGAUGCCACCAUUUUGGGGGAAGACCAAGUCUCGGAUCUUUGAUGCUGUUAGGGCAGCUGAUCUGCAGUUCCCGUCAGAUCCUUGGGAUCGUAUAUCUGAAUCUGCCAAGAAUUUAAUUAGGGGAAUGCUUUGUACAGAUCGCUCACAAAGGCUCACAGCUCAGCAGGUUCUAGAUCACCUCUGGAUGCAGGGCCAUGCACUGUUUCCUGAGGAACAUUGCACACGUGAUGGAAAAAGUUGUGGAGAAUUACAUUCAGGUGGAGGCACAUUCUCAACCUCACUCAUGUCUAGGAAUGAGGACAUCAGCUUUGGCAUUGGUACACCGAUGAUUUGCGAUUCCCAAUCACCUUCAUUCACAUGCAGGUCAUCAUUUUCUUCCUUCCUGGUGGAACCAUCAAUGCCUUUCUUAGAAUCUGGUGGGUUUUCUUUCCAAAGUGAAGGAGGAUCAAAUGGCCAGGAACUCUCUCCCCCUGUUCUCUCAAUGCCAAGCUUUGCAUUCUUUGGCCCUGAUCCUGUGGCUGAGCAAGGGAAUGAGCCACUGGAUUUUGCAGCGAAGAUAUCAACAGCAGAGGCAAUUCAUGGAGAUUCGAGCUUGGGAAGACUGUUUAUGUUGUCGGACAGCUCUUUAUGCAUUGGGGCUCGAGAAAUUGAACCCAAGGGUGCUGAGGUUAAAAGGACUGGAGGAACAAGUGGAUCUAAGAUGUUGGGCAUCCAUGGGAAGAGGAAUCGCACAAUUGGCCUUGGUGAGGUCGAUCAGCUCGAUCUCAUGGUGACUGAGUCAGUUAUCCGUUGGGCAUCAUGCACGCAUCUUCCUACUGCCCCUUCUCUGAGGUCUUCUCUUGUAUGCUAGGAAAUGCGGAUGAGCUGAUGGAAUUAGAUGAAUUGGAGGAUUCUAUUGGGGGAUCAUGGUGCAGAAUUCAUGUACAAAUCUAAAAAUUUUUAGCUAACUUCUUGUUGAAGUAGGUUUCUCUUGUGCCUUUAUGUUGGAGAAUGCUGGUGCUCUGCACAGUGUCAGCUUUAGGCUUGCUUCAAAUAGGGCGUGUGAUGAGUGAUGAUGAAUGAUAUCUUGUGAUUUGAAUAUCAUUUAGUUUUAGUUUGCCUACUACUAAUGCAGCAAGAAUAACAAAUUGUAACUAAUAGAUCUUUGCCUCGUGUAUAAAGUAGGUUAAGUUUUGAUGGUUUUGAA